CCUACUAACUCGUGUGCUGAUGGAAUAAGAAGUUCUCUCUACAAAGCACUCAAUGGAUACAUGCCUGACAUGGACCUUCUCCGCGUCUCAGAAACGUAUGCCAACUUUUCUCCACUUACUGCCCCUCUUGUGACAACAAUGGAAAUGUCAGCUGACYUGCCCCUGGUUGAGUCCGCCUUUGGGCCAGUGCAAGCUGGCAGUGUGCUGUCCUAUCAACUUCCACAGCCAAAGACCCGUGAAAUUGUGAAGAUUGCCGAUGCCCCUUCUCCACCAAUACUUCCAUUAGAUGGCUACAGGCUUCAGUCUUCCCAGUGUGCUUAUGUCCUUAACCAUCAGGAGCAGUUCCACAUCAAGGCAUUAGAGACAACCUACAAGAUGUCACACAAAGUCCAGGUUGCUACAAGGGAGCAGAGCAGCAGCCCAGAAUGGCAUCAGCUCAGGACUAUGAGAAUAACAUCCUCUCGUUUCCGAGAGGUUUGCCAUGUACUGGGAGAGACCUCAGCUGGCCGCCUAGCUGAGCGGAUGUUCAAGGGAUCUGGUAUGCAGACCAUGGAGAUGAAGAGGGGGCUAGCCAUGGAGCCAGUGGCUGUACAGGAGUACUGCACACUGAAGAAUGUUAACUUCUUUCCGUGUGGCUUCGUAGUGCACCCAGAUGCCUCGUGGUUAGGAUCCUCUCCAGAUGGCAUCAUAUUUGAUCGCAGUGUGAGACCACACUGUGGACUCUUAGAGGUCAUGUGCCCAAAUGUACCAAGUUAUGUUGACCGCCCUUACCUGAAGAUACAGAAUGGAGAGCUGAAGUUGAAGAGAUCUCAUGCUUACUACUGGCAGGUGCAAGGUCAAAUCCUUCUCACAGGUUGUAGCUGGUGUGACUUUGUCAUCUGUGCACAGGAGGACAUCCUGGGGGCAAUCUUUUCUGAACUGGACCUCCAGAAUGCCUACCACCUUGUUCGGGUACGCAAAGGAGACGAGUGGAAGACUGCUUUCAAUACAGCAAGUGGACACUAUGAGUGCCUGGUCAUGCCGUUUGGGCGCUCCUGCUGUCUUCCAGGCUCUGGUUAA